AUGAGUCAGGAUUUAUCAUCAAGGCCAGCUACCGAAUAUAAACUAUCCGUCACAAGUAAACCUGGUUCUCGAAGAUCUUCAUUCGUAUCAAACAAAGAUGGGAUUACUUUAGAAAGUAAUACGAAUAGAACUCAUAACUUGGGUUCUAAUACAGAUGUAGUACUACAAAAUAAUGUUGUUCCCCAAAUAAGAAUAUUAAAUGAAUCAAUGAUUACAUUAGACUCCAAUUUUCAAAGAUUAAAUUCUAUUAAUGAAAGUUUAGUCAGUUUCAAUGAAUCAUUCGGAUCUCUAUUAUACGGCCUCAUGUGUAAUGCUUGGUGUGUCGAAUACCCUGAAAACCAUUUUACAACUAAUCAUAUUAAGGAUGAAUUAAUGAAAAUGAAAACAUUAUCUAAUUUAAAGGAAAAUAAAAAUAAUUUGAAAAGACAAUUAGAAACAUUACAAAAUUCUGCUCAAUUGAAAAGCAAUAAACCUGUACUUCCAAUUAAUAACGUACCCUCGUCAAAGAAACAAUUUAUUCGUCCAGCUCUACCAAAUAGAAAUGUUUAUAAUUCAGCACAACUCACAAAAUCAAAUUUGAAAUAUUUAAAUCGGAAAAAUUCCAAUUUUAUAAGUACAAGUGAUGUUGACGAUGAUAUUAGUAGUGAAGCAUCUUUUGUAAUGAAUCCAUCAGGUAGAGACCCAAGUAACCGUAUACAAAAACCAUUAAAUCCUAAUGCCAAAUCAGAUUUAAAAUAUAGAAGAAAAUCUGUUCUUCAUAGAGUACGUGAUAGUUUAGCAAAUGAUGGUACCACUUAUAACAAUACAUUAUCUGGUAAAGCUUCAAGAGUAACCAAUCAACCAAACACAAAAUCACAUACUACAACUAGUAAUAGACAAACUAGAAUUAAUAAUCUAUCGAAGAGUCGUACUGCUUGGACAAGACCAAAAUCCAAUAGUUCUCUAGAUUCUAGGCCACCUUUUAGAUAA